AAAAAAAAAGAAGAAAAAUUACCAAAAAUUUAAAAAAAAAAAACGUGUUCAUUUUUCCGAUCAGGUCAUAUUCUUUAGCUAAUAAAGUUGGCCAAAAUGUUCAGCACAUUGAUGGCACGCACUGCUGCGAUAACGGUGGCCAUUUAUUUUACAAAUCGGGUCGGUGUUUGGGGUAAUACAGAAACGGCCGAUCAACUAUAUCAGCGCUUAGCCAAGGGCCUGGAGCCGAUGCGUCAACUGUUGCCGGUCAAGCUGCCAGCCCAGAGCGAGCUGAGCCUGAGGGCGCGUCAGUAUUACGAUCGCGGUAUUAAGGAGGGCAUACAAUUGAUGCGCCAGUUGCCCAACUAUGCGGGCCAACUGCUCGAAUUGGCCCGAAUUGGGCUCAACAAGCAGCCCACCGAUGAUACCGAUGAUGAAUACACCUGGCCGCCAGUUACAUCUGUUGCUGUUGAUAGCGAAGUAGCCGCAGUUACUGCCGCCAGCAAACAGCAGAAGUAG